AUGUCUCCCACCACGAUCCAACUGCUCCCGAAUGAGGUGAUUCUCUGCAUCGCUGCCGAAGUAGACUCGCCACGCGACUUGAGUGCUCUAUCAAGGGUAAAUCGUCGCUUCCACCACGCUCUCGACGACUUUCUCUAUCUCCAGAGUGCGCGGCGAUGGGGUAACAAGGCACUACUUUGGGCCGCGGAACUGGGGAAAAUCGCCACAGCCGACAGAGCCCUGGGCGCUGGAGGGGACAUAAACGCCACGGCCGACAAAGCCCUGGGCGCUAGAGAGGAUAUGAACGCCAAGGAGGCUUCUCUUCACCAGAGCCUCAUACCCAGACGCCUCAGAUGUCACAGGGAUAAACACAGGACCGAUCCAUGUAAUCAUGGCUGCAACACGCCACUGAUGCUGGCCUUGGAUGCUGGCCAUUACGAAAUGGUCAAGUAUCUCCUAGCCAUCGAGGGCAGGGAUAUAACAUCCAAAAAUGAAUGCGACUUCCAUCCUCUCCAAGCAGCUGUCUUCCUUAGGGACAUAGCGAUGGUCAAGCUUCUACUUCAACUGGAGGAUGUGAAUCCAGAGCUUGCCGGGUGGGAAUUGAUGACCCCCCUCAUGACAGCAGCAGCGAAAGGACAUGUGGAUGUUGUAAAGCUUUUGCUAGACCGUCCUGAUGUAGAUCCUUCCAAGGGGAAUGGGUACUCCAAGACGCCUAUGUUCUGGGUUGCUUGGUACGGGUACGGCGAAAUUGCCAAACUGCUUCUGGACGCAGGGGCAAGCCCGAACAGAUUCUUCGAUGUGUACCCCCUCGAGAUGGCCGUAAACAGAGGCUACACUGACGUCGUACGUCACCUCCUCGACGCAGGGGCAGUCCCGGAGUCCACUUCACCGGCAGGUAUAUUACUAGAUGCUGCUAGAUGCAAUCAUCCCGGUGUCUUCAAAGUCAUCCUCGAACGGUUCCCGGGAAUCGACAUAAAUUUCUCAAAUAACGCUGGACAGACUGCCUUGUGGUAUACAGCGAGGCACGGCCAAGAGGAAAUGGUUUCUCUCCUUUUGUCUCGCAAUGGAAUCGAGGUGAAUGGCGUGUAUGCAAUCGGAACUCCGGUAGAGACGGUAGAGACGAUCAGACGGCUUACAACGGACCAGUUGCUCGACCAUCCUGAGGUGAGCGAGCCAACAGUGUUAAUCGUUGCUGCUAUGCAGGGAUACUCGAAUAUAGUGAAAAUGCUCGUGGAUACAGAAGGGAUUGAGUUAGAUGCGGUGAAUGUACUGGGAGAGACAGCAAUCGAGGUCGCGUAUGCAAACGGCCACAAUGAGACCGCAGAGAUUAUCCGAGCAGCAAUGAGGGCGAAAUCCACACAGGGAAGGAAGUCCCAUAGCUGCAUCAUUUAA